AUAUUAUAUGCUUAGUGUCUCCCUCAAUUAUGAUGAUCCUUCUGAGCAGCCAAGCGCCCUCUCGAGGAAGACUACAUAGGUGCUUCAAAAUUGCCGCCAAUGUAGCUUCCUUAACGGACAGAAAGCCAUCUUUCCUCCUGUAGUCGGUGUAACCGAACUCUCCUGACGUUUUGACAACCGUGGAAAAAGAUGUCACAUUACAACACCCGCAAAAAACGCAACUUGGAAAGUGUAGAGGGUGAAUGUGAAGCUCCAGCGAAAACAAUGAAGCCAAUAAAGCAAGAAAUAUUGAUGUGGCAGAACAGAGUAGACGUAUUACAAGAAAAGGUGAAUGAGUUGGAAGCCUUGAACACCGAGCUUCGGCAACAAGUAGUGGAGCUUUCAGCACAGAAAGUUGAUCCAAUUCCUGGUACAUCAGUGGCACAUGAAGAAACUGGUGCUGUUGACCUAUCUAGUGAUGCGAACACAUCAACUGAUGAGGAGUCAUCAGUCACAGAAGAAUCAUGUGAUGAAUCUUUUUCAAGUUCAAGUUCAGAGACUCAUCAGAGAAGAAAAACAAAGAAAAGCAAGAAGAAAGCAGAGACCAGGAAACACAAGAAGAACAAGAAGAAGGGAAAAAAAGAUAAACAUGACAAGAUAAAACGAGCCAACAAUGUUCGUGAUGUCAUAAGGCGUUAUAAAAGGCUUUUGAAGCUGACAAAACGUGGAGCAACCAUGACAAAAGCAUUCCGAAAAGAAGGUGUGUCUCGGAAUGCAGUUGCCCAGCUCGCUCCCAUCGCAGAACUGUAUUUUGCUGACAGAGCACAAUUUACCAGCAUCACCUUCACUCCAGGAAAACUAGCGGAGUUUGCACAAAAGUGCAAAGAACACAUUAUAGGAGAUGUUCUAAGAAAGGUCCUAUCAAUGAAAGCGAAAGGUUCACUUUUGCCUUUUUGUCUAAAUAAGUGA